AUGGCAAGUCAUCAGCAACAUCAAUCAUCGGCAUUCCGAUCAUCAGAUAUAGAUCUUGGUUUCGAGAAAUCAUCACUUCUAUUCUUUAUUGGCGGUGGUUGCUUAUUAAUCGUCUUAGUAGCUGGUAUUAUUCUCUGCCGUCUAGAUAUAUCAGCUGGAGACAGACGACGACAAAACCCGAUUCGUUCUCUUGAUACUUAA